AUGGGCGGCCCGCGGGCCUGGGCGCUGCUCUGCCUCGGGCUCCUGCUCACGGGAGGCGGCGCCGCGUGGAGCGUCGGGGGCGCCCCGUUUUCUGGACGCAGGAACUGGUGCUCAUACGUGGUGACAAGAACCAUCUCGUGCCAUGUGCAAAAUGGCACCUACCUUCAGCGAGUGCUGCAGAACUGCCCCUGGCCCAUGAGCUGCCCGGGGAGCAGCUACAGAACGGUCGUGAGGCCCACCUACAAGGUGUUGUACAAGACAGUGACUGCCCGAGAGUGGAGAUGCUGCCCUGGGCAUUCRGGAGUGAGCUGCGAGGAAGUUGCAGGCACCUCUGGCUUCAGGGAGCCCACGUGGGCGGGCAGCACGGUGCGGCGGAUGGCGCUUCAGCCCGCAGCCUUCGCAGGUUGUCUCAACUGCAGCAGAGUGUCCGAGCUGACCGCGAGGCUGAAGGUGCUGGAGGCCAAGGUGGCUGUGCUGACUGUCCCAGGGCGGGCAGUGCCCUCAACGCCGRCUACCCCUGAGGACCCUUCUCCACUCUGGGGCUCCCCAGCUGCCCAGGGCAGCCCUGGAGAUGGAGGCCUGCAGGGGCUACCUGGAACCAGAGAGAGCAUGAGGRCCCUGCCGCUCCCUCAACAUGACCUAGGGGGUCCUCGGGGGCUGCCUGGGCCUACCGGUCCCAAAGGAGAUGCUGGCAGCCAGGGCCCCACAGGGAUGAGAGGCCCACCAGGUCCCCAGGGCCCCCCAGGGAGCCCUGGCCGGGCUGGAGCUGUGGGAACCCCUGGAGAGAGGGGACCUCCAGGACCACCAGGGCCCCCUGGUCCCCCGGGACCCCCAGCCCCUGUUGGGCCAUCCCAGGCCAGGAUCUCCCAGCACGGGGACCCAUUACAUUCCAACACCUUCACUGAGACUAGCAGCCACUGGCCCCAGGGACCCCCAGGUCCCCCUGGUCUUCCAGGGCCCAUGGGUCCCCCUGGACCUCCUGGUCCCACAGGUGUCCCCGGGAGUCCUGGACACAUGGGACCUCAAGGCCCCACUGGACCCAAAGGAGUCCCUGGCAAUCCAGGAGAGAAGGGCGAGAGAGGACUACGUGGGGAGCCUGGCCCCCAAGGCUUCACGGGGCAGCAGGGAGAACCUGGCCCCAAAGGAGAUCCUGGUGAGAAGAGCCACUGGGGGGAGGGGUUGCACCAACUACGCGAGGCUUUGAAGAUUUUAGCUGAGAGGGUUUUAAUCUUGGAAACAAUGAUUGGGCUCUAUGAACCAGAGCUGGGGUCCGGGGCAGGUCCUGCCGGCACAGGCAUCCCCAGCCUCCUUCGGGGAAAGAGGGGAGGACACACAGCCAACUACAGGAUCGUGGCCUCUAGGAGCCGGGACAAGAGAGGCUGAGAGCGGUGGUGGCCCCUCGGGGUGGACCACACCAGUUUCCCUUCCUAGACUGGAUGAAGCCAGCUCCUCCAGAGACUGCCAGUUCCUAUUUAUUGGUGUCCUCAGGGUCUCUUCUGCCACCUAGGCCUCAGAGGUGGGCAGAUCUCAGCUCUGGAGCCCUGUGCGUGGCUGAGACACAGCAGCGACUGGAGCCUUAGAGGAAAGGGACAGCCUAGGCAAGAGGUGAGGUCUCACUUGAUAAAGGGCCUGCUCCUCCCCUCUGUAAGAUGGGGUGACACAGGCCUCCGAGGAGAGGGCACAGGCACGAGGUCUCUGGUCUCUUGCCAGCUGGCYAAGCCUCCAUGCGAAGGCACUGUGGAGGCCAGAAACUGGUGCGUGGCCAGGCCUCCCACCCACAGGGACGCUGGCUGGGCAGUCUCCACCUCCCUCCUCAGCCACACUUCGGGGAGCUCCCCAGGAUCCCUCCUCUCAUUGUCUCCUGGUGCUGGGUUCCUAACCUCGAGGCCAGGCUGCCCAAUCUCUAACUGGUUGGUUGGGGGGUCUUUGCCUCAGUUCUGCCUCCUGAGCCCCCACCCCCUCCCGGGGCCCAGGUCAGAGAAGGGGCUGCCUGCUCUCACAAGUGCCUGUGACAGACACUGGGAGGUAGAUAUGU